CUGUCUCAUGUCAAGGCGAGCGCACCCUACUUUCGAAAGAUUGACACUGUCGAGACGCGACGAUCUACAGGUCAUCUCAACAUCUCAGCAUGGAUUCGCGUCCCUCAAAGAGGCAGAAGCGGGCCGCCAGUCCGGUUCUUGGUCGACAGAGCAAUUCAACAUCAGGUACCAUGCCUGAUGCGGCCUCGAUUCGCAAAAAUCGUUCAACCUUCCUCGACUCAAUCUCGAGGUCCAUCUCUCCACCUAAAAUACAACGCUCAACGAGUGUGUCCGAAGAAGAGCCUUCCAAUGCCGCUAGAGGCUCGUCUGAGGUCAAACAGUCUCCCCACCAGCCAAUACCCCGUCCAAUGGCGGCCCAGACCGUUCAGGACGUCCCAUCCUCAACAGGUGUCAAGUUUAUCAGUUCUCCGUUCAAGUUGACAACCAUACGUGAUCUUCCGGGAUCUCAAAAUGUGGACACGAUUGGUCUCAGCGACAUCCUGGGGGAUCCUCUUAUCCGGGAGGCUUGGGUAUUCAACUUUUGUUUCGAUGUUGACUGGCUCAUGGACCACUUUGAUCCUGACAUCAGAUCUAUGGUCAAGGUCAAGAUCGUCCAUGGAUCAUGGAGAAGAGAAGACGACAAUAGAAUUGGAAUUGAGGAUGCUUGUCGAAGGUGGCCCAAUGUCGAAGCUCUUACAGCAUAUCUCCCUGACCCAUUCGGAACUCACCACAGUAAGAUGUUUGUUCUGUUCACGCAUGAUGACCAUGCGCAGAUCAUCAUCCAUACUGCAAAUAUGCUUGCUCAAGACUGGACUAACAUGACACAAGCGGUUUGGAAAUCUCCAAAGCUACCAAAGACCGAGGCCACCACACCCCCACAGAUUGGUAAAAUUGGUUCGGGCACCCGGUUCAAGCACGAUAUUCUAGCAUAUCUCUUCUUCUACGGAUCUAAGACCAGAAAUCUCAGGGAACAACUCCUGGCUUUCGACUUCAGAGCCGUACGUGGAGCACUUAUCGCUUCCGUUCCAACAAAGAUGCCAGAGUCGGUAGCGGAUAGUCAGGUCGACUUGCAAAAGGACUUGUGGGGAUAUCCAUCCCUAGCUCGUGCUCUCCGGUCAAUCUCACACCCUGACUUGGAGCAUCCAUCAUCCAAGUCAACCUCGCACCUCGUUAUGCAAGUUUCUUCCAUUGCCACACUUUCUCCGAAAUGGCUCGAACGCUUCCUUGCCGCAGUGUUGGAGCCUAGAUCUUCUAGAUCAUUGACCGCUUUGACAGGGAGCCCUGCACGAUUUCUCAGGCAAACAUCAAUCAUCUAUCCCACUCCGGUCAAUGUUGCAACUUCCUUGGAUGGGUAUGCGUCUGGUCGUUCCAUUCAUACAAAAGCCCAAUCACCGGCGCAUUUCAAACAGAUCGAACUUCUUCGCACGUCCUGGUGUCAAUGGGCUCGUGGACCUAAUCCUGCCUUUCGAGCUUGGAGACAUGAAGCGGCGCCCCACAUCAAGACCUACGUACAAUUCCGGUCUCGACCAUCCAAGGAAACAGCAGCACCGGAGAUUGAUUGGGCACUUUUGACGAGCGCAAACCUAUCGACACAGGCGUGGGGAAGCCUGCAAGAGAAGGAAGGACAGAUAGUCGUGAAGAGUUUUGAGAUUGGCGUGUUGGUCUGGCCAGAGUUGUUUACGGAGAGCCUUGACGAUGACGAGGCUCAGGGCUUGCCGCCAUCAACGUUGGGAGCGAACGUGGAAUUCAGCAACCUCGGCGACUCCAAAGGCAAGACUGCCAGCAUGAUUCCCGUGUUUGGCAGCGAUAAUCCUCCCUGGCCGGAGCUUCCUUUCCACCUCAGCUCCAAUACAAACCCAACAUCCACACUCGGGCAGACGCCUCCCUCAACCAUCAUCGGUCUGCGAAUACCCUACGACUUGCCUCUUACUGCAUACCCACCCUCAGGGCUGCCAUGGUCGCCGAAUGGACCCGAAGACAGCCUCGAUCGUCAUGGUAGACGUUGGCCAAGAGACUUCAUACGGUGAGGUUGACUGACGCGCUGAUGUAUGAAGCAAGACGCCUCGAUACAAGAAAAUCAAGUCUUUGAAUGGUGUCUGAUGGCGUAGACUUGCCCAGAGUGGACAACGAGCUUCGCAUCCAUCAUCUAAGUAGCUCACAAUAAAACCAGAGAGAGGCAGAAACAUCGGGCACAUUCGCUAUGCAGACGAUUGACUAUAGACAUCUGGAGGAGUCGAAUCACAGGUACAUAAGCCGCCAAUUGAGUGGUUCAUUAAGGCACCUGUAUCACUUCCGCGUCAUAAAUGUCCUCAGUUUCCUCCCACUGGCUCAGGAGCCUUGGAGGCAUCAAAGCCAUACUUCUCCUUGAGUUUGGCAAUCAAAGCAAUAUAGCGAGUUUCGGCGGUCUCGGCGGACGUUCCAGCGUCGACUUCCUUCUGCCACGCCUUGUGCUUGGCUUUGCCCUGUUCGCCGAGUUAGACAUUGGACUAGGUGGCUAGAAACCCAAAAGGAGGAGAGAGGGCGGGAGAGAGAGAGAGAGAGAGAAAGAAAGAGAGAGAGAGGGAGAGACAUACCUUGAGAUCAAACACACCUGGUGCAGGAGCUUUGGUGAUGUCUUCACCAUUGGCGAUCU